AACAGGAAGAAAUCGGGGGAUUGUGCACUGGCUCCAUCGUGCCAAAAUAAUAUCUUUACCACUAUCAAUUCAUGGGGGAAAGGGAAAAUUAUCUAAAGAGGACAAACUUACUCUUUCACUACUUUAAAACCAGUUGAAUUAAUGCUAUGUCUACUACAGAAAUGUGUUCAGCAUCUGUUAUCGGACGCAACUUCUCAACCAGCCGAUAUUACUGAUACAGAAUUUCAAACUGGAAUUUAACUAGAUGUGGUCUCCAGAUGGCUGUUGUACCCCGUGGAGUCAUUAUUGGAAUGUUUUUCUAUCUAACAUUCGCGAUUGUUGGGACAAUAUGGAUAUCGAUGAAAUACUUAAAUGAAAAUGGCUGUGAUUGUCGUCAAUAUUUCGAGAGCGCAAGGUUUUCUGCACAUGAACACGACUUUCCACACUCAGACGACAAUUUUAAAAUGGUUGCAGAGAAACAAAAAAGAGCAAACGGAGAUUCCGUCCAAACUCCUGCAAAGGAAAGUAUCAUUAGAGAAGAGAGACUUCCUGAAAAGGAUUGGGGACCACAUCAACUUGGACUGGUUGUUCCUUACAGGGACAGAUUUGAGGAGCUGCUUGAAUUUGUUCCCCAUAUGCACAAGUAUUUAAAUGACAAGAAAGUCAGACACAAAAUAUUUAUUGUUAACCAAGUUGAUAAGCAUAGAUUCAAUAGAGCUUCCCUUUUAAAUGCUGGAUUCUUGGAGGCAAGAGGAAAUCAUUGUGACUAUAUAGCUAUGCAUGAUGUGGAUCUCCUUCCUCUUAACAAGGACUUAUAUUAUGGAUUUCCUGACAGAGGACCUUUUCAUGUAUCAGCACCCUUCCUACAUCCAAAAUAUCACUAUCCAACAUUUGUAGGUGGAAUUUUAAUUAUGUCAAUUGCACAGUUUGAAAAGGUUAAUGGGCUCUCCAACAAAUUUUGGGGCUGGGGUCGAGAAGAUGAUGAGCUGUACCAGAGAAUGAAAGAAGCUGGCUUAACUAUUUAUCGACAUAGUAAAAAAAAGAUAACCACCGGUUAUGACACCUUCAAGCAUGACCAUGACUCCAAGAAAAGAAAAAGAGAUUAUGCAAGAUUUUUUAAUCAGAAAAAGGAGUCAUUCAAGAGAGACAGGGAAACGGGACUAACCACAUUGAAUUACAGAGUUGAAAAACGGACUAAUCUUAACAUCAAUGGAGCGCCCUGUACGAUCUUAAACGUUCACUUGAAUUGCGAUUUAGAGCAGACACCCUGGUGUGACAAUCCUGAUUCAUGACAAGUAUUCUUCAGAAACAGGGUGGCAAGGUUAUCUUUGGUACACUAGAAAACUGUUUUGUCAUGACAACGGUUCAAAUACCACCAGGAUUGUCUUGUUUGGUAUAGAAAAUGUUCUCCAAAAAAAAAAGGAAACCAGAUGUGGUUCGUAAAUAUGUUCA